AUGACGAGCUUGAAUGAAAAGAAAGAACACAUCAAAAAAUUGGAGGAGGAGCUCGUUGCGCUUCAAAUUGCUUCUUCAACGGUCGUGAAAAUGAAGCGAAUCUCGAUGAGACAUUUCGAGCAGAACGAUGGAAGGCAGUAUCAGGAAGAGAUUCGAGCUUUGCACGAACAAGUUCGAGAAGUGAAAGAAGAGCUGGAGCGAUCCAUGGAAGAAUGUGAAGAAUGGAAAGGGCGAUUCGAGACUUCGGAGAGAGAAAAGGAGGAAAAAGAUUACCGAGUGAGGGAUAACCCUGUUUCAGAAGAGCAUCACCGUUUCCGGGACGCCGCAGCAGAGGAGAAGAAAAAGCUUCUCGAGCUUACUGAGGAGCAACGUUACAAGGUAGAAGAACUCCAAGAAGAAGUGAAUGAGUACAAGGGAAAGUUGAAGGAAGCCGAAACUGUCACAGCGGCCGAGGUGGAACGAUAUGAAGCAGCCCGGGCGAGGCUGGCCGAGGAAUACGAGGAGAUGAAGGCCAGUCUACGAAAUAUUCAAGGAGUUUCUAAAACGGCUGUCGAUAAAUCACAAGAGGAGAACUUUGCCGUCAGGAUAAAACAACAAUUGGAAGAGCUCGAAAAGGACAAAACCGCCAGACUUCAAGAAAUGGCAGCCGAGCAUCGAGCACAUCAAGAACGAUUGGAGAAGCGAAUAGAAGAUAUGGAAGCCGCGAGAGUUGAGCAGAUCAAGGAGUUAGGAAAACCAGAAACGCGAGACGGAAGAGCUGUAUCAGAAACGCUUGGAAGAGGCUGA